UGGUCGGCUCCGCUCCCCAGCAGCUGACCACGCCGUCUUUUUAUUGGUCUUCACGGAACCGUCCCAACCCCUCGCCACAGAACAACACACAGGAUUUACGUCAUAAGCCACCUUUAUUCCCUUCCCAGAUCGCAGAUCGUCUCGCAGGAUAUGCGUCAUCGGGUGGCGACAGAUUUACGGCGGUCGUGCUCCCCAUAUCCGCCAUCAUGAAAGCCGCGGAAUUGGUGGAAGUGCAAAAGGUGCCGAUGGCCGGAGAGUCGCAUGAAGAGGCAGAGCUGAGUGCAGAGUCGGCGGAGGAGCAGGAGUCCGAGGAAGCGGCCUGCAACAGCAGCAAGAAGAAGAAGAAGGUAGUGCCGGGCAUUGUGUACCUGGGACAUGUCCCGCCGCGAUUCCGUCCCUUGCACGUACGCAAUCUGCUCAGCGCCUACGGUGAGGUCGGACGCGUUUUCUUCCAGGCCGAGGACCGCUUUGUGAGACGCAAAAAGAAGGCAGCUGCAGCCGCAGGAGGAAAGAAGGCAGCUAAAUACAGCAAGGACUAUACAGAAGGCUGGGUGGAAUUCCGUGACAAGCGCAUAGCCAAGCGAGUGGCAGCCAGUCUACAUAACACGCCCAUGGGUGCCCGCAGGCGCAGUCCCUUCCGUUAUGACCUGUGGAACCUUAAGUAUUUGCAUCGUUUUACUUGGUCCCACCUCAGCGAACACCUUGCUUUUGAGCGCCAGGUACGCAGGCAGCGCCUAAGAGCAGAGGUUGCCCAAGCAAAGAGAGAAACUGACUUCUAUCUUCAAAGUGUGGAACGGGGACAGCGCUUCCUUGCAGCUGAUGGGGAUGCUACUCGCCCGAAUAGUUCCUGGACAUUUGCACAACGUCCCACAGAGCAGGAGCUGAGGGCUCAGAAGGCAGCACGGCCAGGAGGUCGGGAACGAGCUCGCCUGGCUAAUGCCCAGGACCAGGCCAGAUCUAACAGAGGGCUCCUUGCCAGGAUCUUUGGAGCCCCUCCACCUGCAGAGAGCAAGGAAGUACCGUAACCAGCAAGGAACUCCUGGUGGAACGAGAAGCCUCUUGUAGCUGCUAGCCCUGCUGUCUUCCGGUCUGCCUCCCACAGAGUGUAAUGAACUGUCCAGGCAGAAGUUUUCACUCUUCUGCAGACCCAAGAGUCGGGUAAAAAGCCUUUUUGGCCUGUUCAACCCACCGUGACGAAAUGCUGUUAAGUUCGCUUACUUCUGGUUGCCUGCCUCUUUCUCAAUGUGCUCCUAACAAUGUCUGGCUCCAGGAGUGGAUUUCCCUUCCACUAGAGCAGCAAUGACGCACCCAUGUGGUCCAUGGUGUUCAUUCACUGUAGUGGGGGCAGAAUUAAAUCAGUGGCCCAAUUUGAAGUUUUUGUUUGAAAAUUAAAAAAAAAAUCCUAUAUGCUUUUUAGCAUUUAGGUGAGAAUCAUCCAGUGAGUUUCCGUUUCUUUUGAAGUCAAACAUGCUACUCAGUUACUCUAGCACAGGCAUGAUCCUAGUGCACGCCUGGCUCUCAGUUACUCUAGCAGAUACGAUCCCAGUGCUCCUCAUGCCUUUUUCAAGUUCCAGCUAGUCUUGAGUCAUUCUGUAAGUUGCUCAGGUAAGCCCUGAACUUAAAUCCUGUCUCAGCCUCCCAAAUAACUGGGAUUAUACAUCUGUGCCAAUGUUCUUAAAUAAGUAAGUAAAAUAACAAUUUUGCUUUGUUCAAUAAAUUCUUAUCUUGAAAAGAUGUUUACAAGCUAUCAUAAACCCUAUCUUUUACAAUGUUCCAGUACUUACUUUGGUUCAUGUCUUUUUUUUUUUUUGGUUUUUUGAGACAGGGUUUCUCUGUAGCUUUGGAGGCUGUCCUGGAACUCACUUUGUAGACCAGGCUGGCCUCGAACUCACAGAGAUCCACCUGCUUCUGCCUCCUGAGUGCUGGGAUUAAAGGCGUGCGCCACCAACGCCCAGCUUGGUUCAUGCCUUAUGUACAAAAAUUGCAUAUGUGGUAAGAAAGAUAUUUACUACUAGAUCUAGGGGAAGAAAGACUUUGCCAGUGUAUCAGCCCUGCAUGGAUCCAUUCCACGCCUUUCCAGCCUCUGUUCUAAUCUCCAUUCCCUUCCUCAGUCCCGCCUGCAUGUGGUUCUAUCACAUGGGCUGCUUUCCUAGGCACCUUCUGAAACUUCUCUUCCAACAGCCUGACACCCUGGCCCCUUGUUCCCUUCCGCUUAGGCUCAGGUGCAUUCUCCUUUUUUUUUUUUCCCGAGACAGGGUUUAUCUGUAUUGCUUUCAAGGUUGUCCUGGAACUCGAUCUGUAGACCAGUCUGGCCUCAAACUCAAAGAGAUGCGCCUGCUUCUGCCUCCCAAGACCUGGGUUAAAGGCAUGUGCCACCAACGCAGCUGCAUUCUUCUUUGAGAUCAAGUCAAAUAGGAUGUCAGGUGGCUUCUCCACCUGAAGUAGGUGCUCUGUUUCUGUGGGGCUGGAGCACUAUCAGAUUUCUGGGGUAACAUUUCUCCUGUUUUGCAGUACUUGUUGACAUUUGCUUCCCUCUGUUACCAGGAAUGAAGAUUGAACUUCAUCUUUGACUCCUUAAGGUGCCAGUUUGUUUGGCAAUAAAUAUUCGCUGACUCUUUGAGUUACUAUGAGGAAAGAUUUUAUAAAAAUCCUAAGUAAUAUGUUCUGCACUUUACCCAUGAUGUUUACUUUGACAACCAAGUCGGGAACCAUCAUCUACUUGUGAGAGUGGUAAGGAGUGGCAGAAAGGCAUUGUCUAAAGAGUCACAUAACUAAUUGAAGGGAGAGUUACAUCUUCAUCUGGGGUCUCUGUUUAAACCUAUUCUUUCCACAUAGCCUCCUCUACAGUAAUAGUGGAAGAACAGUGAAAGUUAAUGGAACACAGUAGAGCACAGUAAUGAAGCCUUGACAAAACCAAGUGUUAGCUGGGCUUCGUGCAAGCCUUUAAUCUCAGUACUUGGGAGACAAAGACAGGCAGGUAUCUGUGAGUUUAAGGCCAACCUAGUCUACAUGGUGAGUUCCAGGACAGCCAGGCCACAUUGUCGCAAAAAAAAACAAGAAAAAGAAAGAACCAAGUGUUAGUGCAGAUGCUUCAUAAAUAAGAUUGGGAAGCAAUGAGCAUUUUCUAUUUUGUAGAUAAUUUCUGAUUUCCAACAUUGGGUGUUUACGGCUCUUUCCCAGCCCUGUGGAGGAAAGUUGAGCCUGCUACCAAAACUGACUUAAAACCUGCACUUUAACUGGGCUUUGGUGGCCCAUGCCUUUAAUCCAACCACUCAGCAGGCAGAGGAAGGUGGAUCUCUGUGAGUUCAAGGCCAGCCUGGUCUACAGAUCCAGUUCCAGGACAGCCUCCAAAACAAUACAGAGAAACCCUGUCUCGAAAAACCAAAAAAAAAAAAAAAAAACCAAAAAACCCAAAAACUUGCACUUUAAGGCACCAUGGAGUCAUGUGCAGUUAUGGUCAUUGUGCCUAUAUUUGCUGACUCUCAGCUGGCAAUACAGGACAAGGACUAGCUUGCUUCUAUAAUGGGUUUCCCUGGAAAUUAGUUGUGAAUUAAUAUGGAUAAGGAAUAGUGCUUUUGUUUUUUAAAUUGGUCUUUUUCAAAAAUAAAUUAUUUUUAUUUUA